AUGCUACAAACACAAUUCCUUAUAAUUACAACUAUACUAUUGCUUCGCUCACUGGUAUACGCAUUCGAUAACAAUGCUCAAAACAAUGUUGCUGUCUACUGGGGUCAAAACUCUCAUGGUUCUCAAGAAAGUCUAGCCACCUACUGUCAAUCCUCUGAUGCAGACAUCUUCUUACUAUCAUUUGCUGAUGCCUUCCCAACUAUUACUCUAAAUUUCGCCAACGCCUGUUCAGAAACUUUCGCUGAUGACUCUGGUCUUCUACAUUGUUCUCAAAUUGCAGCUGAUAUCGCCACUUGUCAAUCCCUAGGUAAAAAGGUCCUAUUAUCCUUAGGUGGGGCUAGCGGUGCUUACGGUUUCACUGAUAACUCCCAGGCUGAAACUUUCGCUCAAACUCUAUGGGAUACCUUUGCAGAAGGUACAGGUGUUACCAACCGUCCAUUCGAUUCAGCUAUUGUUGAUGGGUUUGACUUCGAUAUUGAAAAUAAUAAUAACGUCGGUUACGCUGCUUUAGUUACUAAAUUAAGAACUCUAUUUGCUACUGGGUCUAAACAAUAUUAUAUCUCAGCUGCUCCCCAAUGUCCAUACCCAGAUGCUUCAGUCGGUGACUUAUUAGCUAACGCCGAUGUCGAUUUCGCAUUUAUUCAAUUCUAUAACAACUAUUGUAAUGUCGAGACUUCUUUCAAUUGGGAUACCUGGGUGAACUAUGCUGAAAAUAUUUCUCCAAACAGUAACAUUAAACUAUAUUUAGGUUUACCAGGUUCUGCAACUGCUGCUGGUUCCGGUUAUAUAUCUGAUCUUUCCGUAUUAAAGACUACCAUUGAAAAGAUCUCUACCUUUGCUAACUUUGGUGGUGUUUCAUUAUGGGAUGCCUCUCAAGCCUUUAACAAUGACAUUGAUGGUGAAACUUAUAUCCAUGCCGUCAAAUCCCUACUAGAUGAUAACGUUUCCUUUUCUUCUGCUACCACAACUACUGCUGCUGCUAAUACUCAUUCUUCUUCCAGAAUUACUACUACUUUGCAACCAACUACUUCCACCACCUCCGAAGAUGAUACCGUUACAACUAUUUCAUCUGAAGAUAUUCCAACUGAUACUUCAAGUAUCGUUAUGACUACCACUACCUCUAAUGUUGCCCAAGUGACAACUACUUCUGAUGAUAUCAAUAACAGUGUUACUGCUACCACUGAAGGUAAGAAUGUCGAUGAACCAUCAGUUAGAACCCGUUCCCAAGAAUCUACUGUUGUAGAUGUUGGCGCAACUUCUACUACCGCUAUGGCUACUACUUCUGAUAUUGCUGCUACAACAGCUGCUACAACAGCCACUACUAUGGCAACCGUUGCUACUACAUCCAAUGCUCAAGUUGCAACUGCUACCACCACUACAUCUUCUGCUUCUACUGAUUCUGCUGCUCAUACCAUUGCAAAGAAUUUAAACACUCAAUAUGCCGCUGGUCAAUAUAACGGUCAAGCUACAUGUACAGAUGGUGAACUUGCCUGUUCUGCAGAUGGUUCCUUUGCCAUGUGUAACUUCGGUUCAUGGGUAUCCAUGCCAUGUGCUGCAGGUACCACAUGUUAUGCCUAUGAUUAUGAUAAUACCGUGUUGACUCAAUGUGGUUUCACAGAACAAAAGGCACAAUUCAUGUAA